AGUCUAUGAACUGCGCUGUGUCUUUAAACUUUUCUGGAGUGUAGCCAGUAACAUGAAUGGUGCUGGACACGUGAGUUUGUCUCAAUGUGGUCUCUCCUCUUAGUAUUUCUCAUGUUUUCUCUGGCUGUUGUCCAAUUCUUUUCUCUCUCUCUCUUUUUGCGCCUCUCGUGCCCCCUCCCUCCCCGUGUUAUCCACCCACGGGAAAAGUGAUUUUCGCCUCUCUCUCUCUCUCUUUUUUUUUUUUUAAUGUAUAUACCUCAUCCUCAUCCACAGUCUGUGGACUUAUUUCCGUGUGGGCAGCAGGGAUGCAUUUAAAAUGCCCCCAUUUUUUGACUUAAACCAAUCCGCGUAGAAAGCCGUUCCCCGCAAAUUCUUGAAUCCGCAGUAGCGUGGAUUUGACAGUGCACUGUCACACUUCCCUCUGCGAAUGUCUCGUUCAAAUUGCAAUCGAUCACCGGGCUUAUUUUAUUACUAAAGCCACCCCCACUUAAUUCUACACAGGAGAUUUUUUUUUUUUUUUUUUUCCUCAGUGUGUGUGUGAGCCAAAUUCUCAACCAAGAGACAGCACGUGCUUCUCACAAUACCGCGCUUUUAAUUUACAUUUUGCAUCCCCUUCAUGUUCGCACCGGUUUUAAACGCAUUGUUCUUGAUAAGCGCGCAUUGGUGAGAGCGCAAGACACUGACUGCAGGAACAGAAGGUGCUUAAGACUCCGUUUGAAACUCGCACACACGAUGAGCGCGCGCGGUGAGGAAGCCGCCGGCGAAGCUUCAGGAUCGCAGGAGCAAACCGAGCCCGAGCCUGCCCCUGCCGAGCCAAAGAAGAGGGGACCGGGUAGACCCAGGAAGCCGCAACAGGAACCCACAGGAGAGCCUGUCCCCAAACGACCGAGGGGACGCCCCAAAGGAAGCAAGAACAAGGGCCCCUCCAAAGCAGCACAGAAGAAAGCUGAGACCACAGGGGAGAAAAGACCUAGAGGAAGACCCAGGAAAUGGCCACAACAAGUGGUCCAGGAAAAGCCCGCUCAGGAAGAAGAAGAGGAGGAGGCGGAGCAAGAAGAGGACUAAGCAACCACAGGAUUUUACCUCUACCUCAUCCAGCUGUCAGCUCUCUCCAAGGGAAAAGACUGCCUUGACCACUUACUAUUGACUUCCCACUUUCAGUUGAUCAUUUUCGUUUGUUUAUUUUCGUUUUUUCUCAUUGGUUUAUUUGGGUUUGGUUUCGUUUUGUGAUCAACACACACAACACCUCAGAGCAUAACCCGAAAAAAGACGCAACUGCAAACAAACAUCUUGCAGAUGACAAUUGGAGCCGCCUUGCUGUUUCCACUUCCCACAAAACUGCUGUAAGCACAAAGGUGCAGGGGUUAAACAUGCAAUAUGUGCUGCAGUGGUUCUUUGCGCCACACACAAACACACACACACACUCUCUUGUUGACUGAUUUUCCAGGCUACAUUGGUAAAGAAGAAGGUGAAACUGUCUGGUUUUGUCAUUCAGCAUGUGGUGCUUCUUAUAUCUGGGUGGAGCUUUAAAUGGACACACCCAUUCACUCAAGAACCCCCCUCUCUACAGUACCAAACCACCAAAGACCAUUUUCCCUUCUCUGUCCACUUCAUUUUGAUGUUUUGACCAAAAUGACAGUGAGCUUUAAAAGUAUUUGCCUUAAAACUGCAAACAGAGCCUAUUAGUUACUAUAAUUGAAAAUUUUACCUAAAAAUGAAUAAUCUGCCAUUAUGUACUCAACCAAAACCCCUUUGACUUUGUUUCUUCUGUAGAACACAAAAGACGACAUUUCAAAGAAUGUCUAAAGCCCUAUUCAGAUGUGACUAUUUUCUCAAACUACGUUUGAGUUUCGAUUCUUAUCACUUGACGUCUGCGAUUUUCAUGUACCAAUUCGGACGGGACUAACAUCUCCAUGUUUAUUACAGAGGUGGGAGGGUCUGUUUUGUUCUUCUGGCCGUUGCUAAGAUCACGCGCUCAUGGGUGAGUUGCGUAUACUCAUUCGGAUUGAUAAUAUAACCAAAGUUUUACUACAAAUACCAUGUGGAAGCUAUAUGGCUAGUAUAGCAAAAGCAUGGUUAAUGUGUGGUUAACUAUUUAAUUUAUUUUAAUAGUUAAGUAAAAUCAUGUUUAAUUUUCAUAAAGGUACAUAUGUAAUUAAAACAUUAUGUGAUUGAGUGCAGAAAUGAAGGUGAGAAACGUUAAUCUUACCUGACGCUGAUAUUACAGUAGCAAGUCUAAACAGUUUACGUGAUCUGGCUCUUGAUUUUAUUAUUGUUAUUUUUUUAUUUCUUUGCCGGGAGGCAAACAUAUCAAAAAUGCGUGCAGUAGUAAGAGCAUCUACGGUAGUUUACGUUGGCCAAAACACAAAAGGAAACGCGUUGUGAAAAAAAUAUUGCCGGCAAUCACAGACAUUCGCAUUUGGUCGAGAUUAAUUUUCUCAGAGGAUCACUGAGUUUGCUGAAAAACAGUAGGCCUAGGUAAUUUGCUCUGGAAUUAUUACAGAGGUUGUGCGAGAAAAACACAGACGUGGCAGAUUCGGACAGGAUUAAAAUCGCUAAGUAAGUCUGAAACACAAAUUUCUCUAACGACUCCCUGUAAAACUAGUCCCAUCCGAAUAAGGCUUAAGCUGGUGCCCACGAAUGGUGACCACGGUUGUUGAGGAAGUAUUUCAUCUUAAAUUUCAAUUUAUUUCACACCCAAAGCUAUCAUAUGGUUUGAACUAUUGUACCUUUUAUAGAGCUUUUUGGAGCCCUUAGUCACCAUUCACUUUCAUUGUAUGGAAAAGAGCAAUGUGAACAUUCUUCAAAACAUCUGUUUUUGUGUUUUACAGAAGAAAGUAAGUUUGGAACAUGUAAAUAAUGACAGAAUGUUUAUUUUCUGGUAAAUUAUCCCUCUCUAUUGUUGUAUCCAUGUCCCUUGUGUCCUUGGUGGUGAUUUUUUGACUGAUAACCGAUAACUGAUAACCGUGAACAUUUAAAUGUCUCGUUGGGACACCGUUUUCUGCAUUACUGCAGAACGGUAGUUCUACUGUACAUAUCUUCGCAACUUCGGCUUAGCUUAAUUAACAUACGUGUACAUAAUUGUGUUUUUAUUUUCUUGUAUGACAUAGCUUUAAGAACAUAAUUUUUUGACAAAUUCAGUGAAAGGGAAAUCUAUCAACUCAGUCAAGACCUAAACCUCAAGAAACACCCAAACCACAGGAACAAAACCACACUAUACCUCAUUGCACACAAAAAUACCUGAAUCGCAGCGACGGCGUCAAAUGGUAUUUGGCGAAUCCUAAUGUACGCCAGAGCUGUCACCAAUGCAAUAUCUUCUCACAGUUUCAAAGCUACCUCUGAUUUCUUUAACCAGCAAACCAGCUCGAAAAGACACGCGCUGCUAUAGAGUUCUCAUUACAAAGCAGGGGAUGGCACCGAGUGCCAAUGUUGAAAACAAACCUUGUCGUAAGAGCAGGCGAACGCUCUGCAAAAUGUUUUUUGUGAGAGUCGGGCAGGUAAUAACUGAAUUCUGAGGUCUGUUUGUAGUCAUAUAUAUAGAACUAAUCAUGCAGCUAAGGGAAAAAAGUACUGUGUUUGUUCUAGUUAAUUUUCUUUUUUUUCACAUUAGCAUAUAUCUGACAUUUGUAACUAGACACUCUGUCUCUGCAGCUGGGAUGUCUGUUUUACAUUUUUAACUUGAAUAUAUAUAUUUUGUACUGAUUACUCAAUGGUUUCUAAGGAUCAAGUGCUUGUAUGACACUAAAUGAUAUUGUUGCGAAUGGAUUUUUCUUUUCCUUCUCUGUUUUUUUUUCUCCACUAUUGCUCUGAAUUUAUAGUUUUAGUUCCUAUGUACUAUUCAGAUAUGUACCUCAAAAAAAAAAAAAAAAAAAAAAGAAAAAAAAAAAGAAAAAAAAGGAUAAAAAUGGACUAAUAAUCAGCUGACAAAUACCUACCUCCAGUCUUGAAAACGGAAUGAUUUUUUUUUUUUUUUUGCCUAGUCUCUUUCAGUACGAAUGUACUGAAAAAGACUUUAGGACUGCACAAGAUCCUGUUUUACAAAGUUUUAAAUUAGAAUUUUGCUUCAUUUUAAUUCAGCUUGGGGGAGAAGACGGCUAAGAAAAUAACUACACACAUACACUCACAAAUACACAUCACAUAAAAAAACAAAAAACAAAAGAAACUUGAAACGUUCUUUCAGGUUUGAAAAAAUAUGUUCGGGUUUUGUAUAUUGCAUAUAUGAAUAUGUUUUUGAAAAUUAGUAGAUAUUGAGAUAUACUUGAUUAGCGUUUUUUGUGUACUUUACACAAAUGUGAUUUUCUUUUUUUCAGAUGUAUAUGUAAUGCUUAUGUAGUGAAAGAAUACACAUUUUCAGCCUGUCACCAUGAAAACCUUAAGAAAAGUUAGCAUGGUAAUCUCAACUGGGCCUGAGGUAGAGCCUCAGAGGAAGCUAAUGGAACUGUUGGCAUGCCCCUUGAACUUACAAUGGCAUGUAAUGACCGUCUUUAUAUGCGGCAGCUUGGCUUUUGCCACAAACCAACAUUGAACGUUGCUCAAACACUGUAAUGCUACUACCUAAAUGGUUACAGUUCUUGUAAAAGUGUCAGUUUUCGAAUCGGACCGCUUCUUUACUCUCCUAUGAGUUCAACAGAUGAAACAGUUGCUUGCUUAAGUGGAUGGAUGGCGUGUCUCGGCUCGACCUCAGCGGUAUUAACGCUUUUUGUGAGAUCUGCGCAUAAUGGCCGCUGAGGCGCACUGCUUUCAGCCUUCCCGAAACUUGGCAUUGUGUUCAUAUACUUCCUAUGUUGGUUUGAAUGUGUAUCCACAGGAGCCACUGUUCAUGUGCUUUCAGCUCUGGGUGUCUUAAUGAAGAUGAAGUUGUAUUUUCAUGACAACAUGUUCUAGUACAAUCGAAUACACUUUUCUACCUCCAAGAGGGCCUCCUGUUACCUCAUUUUUCAAACUUACUAUCUGCUUAAAUUCAGGUGCCUGAGUCCAGAGAGAACGGCGUAAAGUUUUAAAUUUAUAUAUAAAUAAAUAUAUAUUCAUAGUUUAUUUUUGUGUGUUUUGGGGGGGAUUUUUUUAUAAGACUGUACCUCUCUGCCUCUCAGUCACAAGUUAGGUAAGACUGGACAAUUUGACUUGUUUUUUAAACGCUGUCUUACAUUUAUGCAAUGUUUUGUAGUUUCUGCGGCUGUGGAGAUGGAAAAGUAUCACUAGGUGGUUACUCUCAGCUUUCUUCACUUGAUAUAACUUGUUGUCUAACAAUUAUGGCUGUUUCACUUAGUAUUGCUGUUUGUGAUUUCACUUAAAAUUGCUUGCUUGUUUAAAAAAAAAGGACAAAAAAGAAAACGUAUUAGAAAAAAUGUCCUCUUUAUACGUAUCCACCUCUUUAUUCAGCACAAUAAAAAAGG